GUAACAUCGUAGUCGUUGCCGUUAUUCCCGACAGUCCUCAUAGUCAUAGUCCUCCGUCAUCGAGCGCCGUCACACGUCGUCUCCGUCGUCCACGUCGUAGUUUUCUCCCACCCUGUACUCGCAAUCCUAGAGUUAGUUCACGUGACGGCAAGACUCCCUCGUGGAAAAAAAGAAGAUCCGUUGAGAAAAAAUAAUAACCGUCAAAGUACCAGUCGACGCGCUGCGAUUCAAAUUGUCAUCGUUGUCGCUACGCGACCAGGACUCUGUCUUCACGUAAUAAUUAUCAAGACACAAAUUGGACUGACUUUCCUUCGUAUCGAUCAGUUAAUUUGUCUCAUAUCGACCUCUCAGUUCGAUAUCGUGCAUACGAAUAGGAUACCUGUGUGAUUUGAGACAUUUUUUAUUUUUCACCUAAAACGUACUGUUAUGGUACAUUGUUUAAUGGUAUACCUAUGUUUGUAUACUGUGCAAGUGGCGUUCUCGACGUUUUCCCUUUAGUUUUAUUUAUUUUGUUUUUUGAAAUCCUGCUUCUUUGAGUGCGGUAAUAUUUCGUGUGCCAGCGUAGUGGAUGGAGUGUCAAAGUGAAAAUCGUCAAGACGGAUCGUAGAAUGGCACUUUCUUAUCUACAGGAGGCACAGAUUAACGCAGGAAUAUUAGCUUCGCAACAUCUCGAGAUGAAGCAGGACGCCGAAAAGCAGCCCCUGUCGCCGCCGUUGAAUAACAACACCUCCUCAGCAAUGUUCUCCGGGAUGGGCGCAGCAGCCGCAGGCUUAUCAAUGUUAACGCCUCAGCAAUUGCUGGCCGCGAGUCGCACGGCAGCACUAAUGGCUGCAGGAAUACCAGUGUCGCUACAUGCUACCCUGGCGGCAAGUCCGAGUCUUUAUCGACAUCAUCAGACCCUCUUCGGAGGCUGGGCGCCACCCGCGGCUUCUUCGCCCCCGUCGCCACUUCAUCACUCCCCUGGACCCGUGUCGCCGGCUUUGAGCAGCAAGUCCACGUCGCGACGCAGCAGUAGCAGUCAUAACAACAACAACAACAAUAAUAACAACGUGGUGAGCAGCAGCGGCGACAGGGUCACGAAGAAGGGUCAGGCUACCAAGAGAAGAGCUACCAGAAGUAAAAUUGAGAGCACCCAUCAGAGCAGCGUCGAGGGUCCGGCACCGCUGAGUCCGCCGACCUCGGUCAGUCCUGAGGCUGGUAAGGACGCCCGAGACAAGGUCUUCACCUGCGGCGUCUGCUCCAGGUCUUUUGGGUACAAACACGUCCUACAGAAUCACGAGCGUACCCAUACGGGAGAGAAGCCCUUCGAGUGUCCGGAGUGUCACAAGAGAUUCACCCGGGACCAUCAUCUCAAGACUCACAUGAGGCUUCACACUGGUGAGAAGCCUUAUCAUUGCAGCCAUUGCGACAGGCAGUUCGUCCAGGUCGCAAAUCUUCGUCGUCAUCUGCGUGUGCAUACCGGAGAACGUCCAUACGCCUGUGAGCUCUGCUCCGCCAAGUUCAGCGAUUCGAAUCAGCUGAAGGCUCAUCUGCUGAUACACAAGGGUGAGAAGCCGUUCGAGUGCGAACACUGUCAGAUGCGAUUCCGCAGGAGGCACCACCUGAUGCAUCACAAAUGCGGCUCCGGGACGGUACGUUCCCAGGCGCCUUCCUUGGCUAGCGACGACCUGGAGGAAGACAUCGACAUCGACAUCGACGUGGAGAUGGAUGAGCCAGCUGAGGUGGCACCCAGGAAGGUGAUAACGCCCGUUAGGAGGCCAGUUCAUCAUCAGGAACUACCUAGCCCAGUGGUCAGCACCUCGAUGCCGAUGCCCUUGAACCUAUCGGGCAUACCGGCUGAUCUACCUGAGCAAACGGAACCGGAAGACCUCUCCAUGUCGACGGGGAUGCACAGGCCGCAUUCCCACUCGCACAGUAGCGGCGACUCGCCCCUCAGUCGCAGCCCCAGCAGCGACACUCUCCACGAAGAGGAGGACGAGGAGCUCGACGUAUCCGAAGCCAGUCCCAGUUCCUUGUUCCUUCAGCAGCAUCACACCAAGUACAGGCACCACGUUACGGGGACCUCGACCAACGUCGCUCACGCCUCCUAGUGGCAUCGCAGGGGUACGUAGAUCACGACUACGUAGAAAACUACCCUCUGACACUGGUAAACGAUAAACAAAGAUAAAGAUUAUUGAAGGAUUAGGUAAAAAGAUUUAAAUGAUAAUACAUUUACGUGACCCGUUCGAGGAAUACGCCAAAUCUCAU